GUUGUCUAUGAGGCGUUCUCGACCCCGGUGGUCCUCUUCUGCUGUGUCAUCUUGUGUCAACGGGAAAUUAUAAAAAGAAAGGUAAAACUUGACGCACAAGAUCCAUAUCAAUACAACGCUUUAACAGGUGUCUAACUGCGCGUGAAGGCAAAGUGUCUCAACUUUCUGAUUAAGGUUUUCACGUCCAUCCCCGUAACGACGAGUUAUUUUUUGUCAUCACUUUAAAGAAACCAUAUAAUUCAUAUUCGUCAACAAUGACCAUCCAUACAUCCGAUAACAAUCGCAUUGUUGAAUUGGACAUGUCCGAGUUGAUCCGGCCCAUUCCUCCGGUACUGGAUAUGGAGAAAGUCAAUAGCAUGGUUGAAACUCUGGGUGGAAAGGUGCCUCCGGCGUCAUGUUCUAUGGAUUUGAAAGAUGUUCCUGAAAACGAAUUGCCUCCUGUUGAUGUGUUAACGUUCAAGAAGGGCGGAAAGCCUUACUACUUUGCAUUCGGCGGCUGUCAUCGCCUCCGUGCUCAUGAUAUGGCAAAGAAACAAAAAAUUAAGUGCAAGUUGGUUAAUUGUUCGCCCAAUACGUUGCGUUUGUACUUGGGUGCAUCAGCAAGUAAGUUCUUGGAUGAAGAGUAAAGUUCACAGAACGAGAGUUCUUACGCGUCGCGUAUUAAGCUAUGUGCUCGCGUCAUACUAUACGCGUCGCAAGACGCGUAUAAGGACCACCUAAAAGUCUAUUAUAUUGUUGUUCAUGAUAAUCAAUGUGUAAAUGUACGUUAUAAGUUCAUUAUGCUUUAUUUUGUAUUGUAUUGUAUUGUAGAACGAGUUACGAG